CCUCAAGAUCUGGAAGUGUUUGAGAGUCAACGAAGCUUCACAAUCUCAACCACUUUCUGCCUUCAUCAAAGAUCCGCUACAAAAAGAGCUCUUAAGCUUCUUCUUAGCUAACACAGGAUUUACAUUAAAAUUGAACUUGGCCACUAUUUCUCACUGCUGCUUGUAAGGCACCUGGUGGAUCAUGACCCUGCAACCAUUAACUCCAGUGAACUGUGCAGGCCUCCUGCAGCCAGGCUGCUCCCUGCUACAACUGGAUGGAGAAAUCCUCCUGUUCGGCCAGAAAGGUUGGCCAAAGCGUUUGUGUCCGACUGGAAUCUUUGGUGUCCGGUUUAAAAAUGGUGAGAUGAAGUUGAGGGCCAUAUCCUUCUCCAACGACUCAAGCUACCUCCCUCCACUGCGCUGUCCAGCUGUCUGCCGCCUCGACCCCUAUGACGGGCUCCCAGAGAGUUAUCUCAUCCAUGGAGGCCGCACCCCAAAUAAUGAGAUUUCAUCAAGCUUGUACCUGCUGACUAUGGACAGUCGAGGUUGCAAUCGCAAACUUGUGCUCAAGUGCAAAGAGAAAGAGCUGGUGGGAGAAGUGCCAGGGGCUCGGUAUGGCCAUGCAAUGAGCAUAGUUCAAAGCCGUGGGAAGACAGCUUGUGUAAUGUUUGGGGGCAGGUCCUACAUCCCUACAGGAGAGCGGACCACAGAAAGGUGGAACAGUGUCGUUGACUGUCCUCCCCAGGUUUUCCUCUUUGAUCUUGAGUUUGGGUGCGCCUCUGCUCACACUUUACCUGAGCUCAGUGAUGGACAGUCAUUUCAUGUUGCUCUUGCCAGAGAGGACUGUGUUUACUUUAUUGGAGGCCACUCAAUCACCUCUGACUCACGUCCUCCUCGCCUGUUUCGCCUACGUGUAGAACUUCUGCAGGGAAGCCCCUUACUUUCCUGCGAGACCUUAGAUUCUGGCCUGUCUAUCUCUAGCGCCAUCAUCACACGCACAGGUCCCUCUCAUAGAUAUAUUGUGUUAGGCGGAUACCAGUCUGACUCCCAGAAGAGGAUGGAAUGCAGCACAGUCCUUCUGGAUGAGAAGGGGAUCCACAUUGACCACCUAGAACCUCCCAGGUGGACUCCAGAUAUCAUUCAUAGUCGUACAUGGUUUGGCGGGAGUGCUGGAGACGGGUGCAUCCUGUUGGCUGUUCCCACUGAAGGAAGGCCAUCCCAGCCUGAUGUGCAUUACUUCUAUCACGUCAGUUUCCAACAAGAGAAAGAAUACAGUGAGGAAGAAAAGACCCAGGCAUGCAGCCAGGAAUCAACAGAUUACGAAAACUCCACUCCGCUUGAGGACUCAGAGGAGCUCUAUUUUGGUAGGGAGCCACACGAGCUGGAAAACACUAGCGAUGAUGAGGGUGACACUUACAAUGAAGAGGAUGAGGAGGAUGAAUCACAAACUGGGUACUGGACCAAAUGUUGCUUAGGCUGUCAGGUCGACCCCAACACAUGGGAGCCAUUCUACUCCACAGAGCUCCACCGCCCGGCUAUGAUUUUCUGCUCCAAAGGGGAGGGGGGACACUGGGUCCAUGCCCAGUGCAUGGAGCUGUCCGAGACCCUGUUAGUCAAACUCUCUCAGGGAAGCAAAAAGUACUUUUGUUUGGAUCACGGAGGCCUGCCUUUCCAGGAGAUGACCCCACCUCGACAGGUCAUUCCAGUGAGGCGCACACCAAUGAAAGUGAAGGACAGAAAUGGAGCCUUCAUGUUCAAAAUGUCUCCAUCCAAAAAAAGCUUUUUUAAGAGACUUUUUGAUUAACUUCGGUUUUCUUUGUAAUGGUGGUGGAAAUUUCAAUUUGUAUUAAAAGUGUUUGUCUUGGCAUGCAAAUCAGUUGUACAAGCUGCAUACUUUCUAAAAAAUUAUGAAUAGAAAUGCAUGAUUGUGAGCAAAUUUUUCUUUCCAUAUAUCUUUAUCAUUUCAUUUCAUUUUUUUAAAUAAAGCAAUACUUUCUAAUAUUUUUUAAGGCCUCCUCAAUUAUGGUCUUCAUAUAUUUCCUUGUGAAUCUAAAGGUACAAUUACUAAAUAAAAUGUAAUGAAAAAAAAUGAGUGAUGAAAAUAAAAUUCAAAAUACC